AUGACGGUCUCCUCGUCGUGGCGGCACCGAGCGAACACACACCAAGCUACCUCCCCCCAACAGUGGCUUGCCAGACAUCGUCAAAGUCCACUUCCGCUUCGACUAUCUCCCAGCUCCGCCCGGAAUUGGAUAACAAUUGAUAUCAGGGAGGAUGGAGCAGACGAGAUUAAGAGCCACAAAUACUUCUGUGGUGUCGAUUUCGACAGCUUCGCGGAAUCCUCCCUAACGCCAGGAACAACACUAAGAACAAGAGGGUCUGAAGAUGGUGACGAGGACGCCGCGGAUGUUGAUCCUGCUACAAAUCAGACGACGACCGCUCCCGAGCCCGAACCAGAACCACCGCAAGUCCCCCCUCGUCUCCCCUUCAAGCCCCCGGGUCCGAGUGAGGCCCCCGAUUCAACAGCUCCGUCUCCUCAGCCAGCUCCACCACCCCUGCCCGAGCGAACACACACCAAGCUACCUCCCCCCGAUUUUGAUCCCACCACAAGUCAGACGACGACCGUUCCCGAGCCCGAACCAGAACCAGAACCAAAACCAGAACUAGAACCAAAACCACCGCAAGUCCCCCCCCCUCCCCCCUCCUUUAUAUUCAAGCCCCCGGGUCCGAGUGAGGCCCCCGAUUCAACAGCUCCAACGCCGCGGAUCUUGAUCCUGCUACGAGCAGAGGUGAGGUUGAGGCAUGCGAUUGACCGCAAUGGUUCGUUCGCGGGGCAGAAGUGA